AUGUCCAAUGCAUCAGAAACACAGGACGCUCUUGCCCCAGUUUCUCAGCUUUUGAUAAAAAGGCUAUCUGACAAAGCCCGGCUUCCUACGAGAGGCUCAGCACUUUCAGCUGGUUAUGACUUGUACAGUGCAGAGAAAAAAGUGAUACCAGCACAUGGGAAGGCUCUAGUUGACACUCAGUUGUCAAUCGCGGUGCCUGCUGGGACAUAUGGUCGUGUCGCGCCUCGUAGUGGAUUAGCUUCCAAAUUUAUGAUAGACACGGGUGCAGGUGUUAUUGACGCGGAUUACCGCGGCGUGGUGUUUGUUCUGUUAUUCAAUCUGUCUGACAAAGACUUUCAGGUGGAAGAAGGUGAUCGGAUAGCACAACUUAUCAUGGAAAGAAUAUACACUCCCGAAGUACUCGAGGUGGAGGACCUUGAUGAAACUCUUCGCGGAGCAGGUGGUUUUGGAUCUACCGGAGGUCACGGAUCGCUAUGA